AUGGGCGGCGGCAUUUUCAACGCCGUGACGAACGCCAUGAACGUCGGCUGCAAUUCGUUUGCGCUAUUCCUCAAAAACCCGAAACGGUGGGUGUCGCCAAUGUUCAGCGAUGAGGACGCGUCCAAGUUUGUGGAGUUCUGCAAAGAGCACGGCUUCAAUCCACGCACAGACGUGCUGCCGCACGGGUCGUACUUCAUCAACAUGGCCAACCCGGACCCAGCCAAAGCGCAACAGUCUUUAGAGUGUUUUCUUGACGAUCUGGUGCGCUGCGAGAAGCUGGACAUCGGCCACUACAAUUUCCAUCCCGGUUCGUCGCUGGGGUCCGACCACGAGGAGUCGCUAAAACGCCUGGCCGCUAACAUCAACAAGGCCAUCGAGCAGACCAGUUUCGUCAAGAUAGUCAUCGAGAACAUGGCGGGCCAUGGAAACCUCGUUGGAGGAGAGCUCGAGGACAUUCAGAAGGUGAUUUCGAUGAUUGACAAGAAAGAGCGCGUCGGUGUUUGCAUAGACACGUGCCACACGUUUGCAGCCGGCUACGACCUGCGCGACGAAGAAGCAUGGACCAAGUUCUGGGACGAGUUCGACUCCAAGAUCGGGUUCCAGUAUCUGAGUGCGCUGCACAUCAACGACUCCAAGGCUCCGUUGGGAGCCAAUAGAGACUUGCACCAGCGGCUGGGAUGGGGGUUUCUGGGGCUCGAAUGUUUUAGACUGCUCGCAAACGACCCGCGACUCGAAGGCAUCCCGCUCAUUCUCGAGGUCCCCGUAGAGCCAAAAGACGACUCUGCGUUUGGCGAAGAUAUUAAGCUGCUGGAAUGGCUGGUGGGAAAGUCCAAAGACGACAAGGAGGUGCUGGAAAAGAGCAUUGAACUGCAAAAACUGGGCGAAAAGGAGAGAAAAGAGCAACUGGCCAAAUUCGAAAAGAAGAAGGAGAAGAAACCAGCCAAACGGGCCAAGGGCCAGGCCACUAUCGCCAAAAUGGUCAAAAAGCAAAAGAUCGAGGUCAAAGUGGAGGCCGAAGCCAAAUAA